CGAAAUAAAGCAAAAAGUUUUAAAAAUCCGCUCCGGGUCGGGAGGGGCGGUAUAGCGUGCUCGGAUUACUCCGUCACAUCCUGUUAUUCAACAAAAUGGCGAAUAAUACAACAUAUUGUUUUUUACCUUCGGUUUUAAAACUUAUUUUCCUGCAGUUCUCCUGGUGUGCGGAGACGAAAAUAACGUCGUCUUCUCGCCGCGGUCUUUCGCCGAUCGGCAGCGGAGGUUCUGCGGGGAGGAUGGCGUCUAAAUCGCCUUGGAAAACGGCCGGAUUUAUGGUGCUCCUCACCGUGCUAUCGAUAGCGUCUAUCCUGGAGGACAAAAUAGUUUCUUUUGUGAAGAACGAGCUGAGGAAGAUUCAGACAGAUCUGAGUCCAGAUGAGCUACAGUGUUUUAAGAGUCAAUGUGAGGAUGAGGAUGUAUUACAGGGUGUGGAUGAAGAACAGAGUAAGAGCAGCAGAGAAGCAUUUGUGAUGAUUACAGUGGACUUCCUGAAGAGAAUGAAGCAGAAUAAGUUUGCUGAGCGUUUGCUGAGAAGUGAGAAUUAUUCUUUGUGUCAGCAUGAAUUUAAAUCUACUCUGAAGAAGAGGUUCCAGUGUGUGUUUGAGGGAAUCACUAAAGCAGGAAACCCAACCCUUCUGAAUCAGAUCUACACAGAGCUCUACAUCACAGAGGGAGGGACUGCAGAGGUCAAUGGUGAACAUGAGGUCAGACAGAUUGAAACAGCAUCCAGGAAACCAGACAGACCAGAAACAACAAUCAGACAAGAAGACAUCUUUAAAGCCUCACCUGGAAGAGAAGAACCAAUCAGAACAGUGCUGACAAAGGGAGUGGCUGGCAUUGGGAAAACAGUCUUAACACAGAAAUACACCCUGGACUGGGCUGAAGACAAAGCCAACCAGGACUUCCAGUUCAUAUUUCCAUUCACUUUCAGAGAGCUGAAUGUGCUGAAAGAGGAAAAGUUCAGCUUGGUGGAACUUGUUCAUCACUUCUUUACUGAAACCAAAGAAGCAGGAAUCUGCAGCUUUGAAGACUUCCAGGUUGUGUUCAUCUUUGAUGGUCUGGAUGAGUGUCGACUUCCUCUGGACUUCCACAAAACUACAAUCCUAACUGACCCUAGAAAGUCCACCUCAGUGGAUGUGCUGCUGAUAAACCUCAUCAGGGGGAAACUGCUUCCCUCUGCUCGCCUCUGGAUAACCACACGACCUGCAGCAGCCAAUCAGAUCCCUCCUGACUGUGUUGGCAUGGUGACAGAGGUUAGAGGGUUCAGUGACCCACAAAAGGAGGAGUACUUUAGGAAGAGAUUCAGAGAUAAGAAGAAGGCCAACAGGAUCAUCUCCCACAUUAAGAUAUCACGAAGCCUCCACAUCAUGUGCCACAUCCCAGUCUUCUGCUGGAUCACUGCUACAGUUCUGGAGGAUGCGCUGGAAACCAGAGAGGGAGGACAGCUGCCCCAGACCCUGACUGAGAUGUACAUCCACUUCCUGGUGGUUCAGGCCAAAGUGAAGAAGGUCAAGUAUGAUGGAGGAACGGAGACAGAUCCACACUGGAGUCCAGAGAGCAGGAAGAUGAUUGAGUCUCUGGGAAAACUGGCUUUUGAUCAGCUGCAGAAAGGAAACCUGAUCUUCUAUGAAUCAGACCUGACAGAGUGUGGCAUCGACAUCAGAGCAGCCUCAGUGUACUCAGGAGUGUUCACACAGAUCUUUAAAGAGGAGAGAGGACUGUACCAGGACAAGGUAUUCUGCUUCAUCCAUCUGAGUGUUCAGGAGUGUCUUGCUGCUCUUCAUGUCCAUCUGACCUUCAUCAAGUCUGGACUCAAUCUAGUGGAAGAACAAGUCAUUACACCCCAGAUGUCUCAAAGAAGAGAAGAAUCUAUAGAGAAACACUUCUACCAGAGGGCAGUGGACAAGGCCUUGCAGAGUCCAAAUGGUCACCUGGACUUAUUCCUCCGCUUCCUCCUGGGUCUUUCACUGCAGACCAAUCGGACUCUUCUACAAGGUCUGCUGACCCCGACAGGAAGUAACUCACAGACAAAUCAGGAAACAGUCCAAUAUAUCAAGAAGAAGCUCUGUGAGCAUCUGUCUGCAGAGAAAAGCAUCAAUUUGUUUCACUGUCUGAAUGAACUGAAUGAUCGUUCUCUAGUGGAGGAGAUCCAACAGUACCUGAGAUCAGGAGUUCUCUCCACAGACAAACUUUCUCCUGCUCAGUGGUCAGCACUGGUAUUCACUUUACUGUCAUCAGAAAAAGAUCUGGAUGUGUUUGACCUGAAGAAAUACUCUGCUUCAGAGGAGGCUCUUCUGAGGCUGCUGCCAGUGGUCAAAGCCUCUAACAAAGCUUUACUGUCUGGCUGUAAUCUCUCAGAGAGAAGCUAUGAAUCUCUGUGCUCAGUUCUCAUCUCUAAGUCUUUUAGUCUGGGACAACUGGACCUGAGUAACAAUGACCUGGAAGACUCAGGAGUAAAGCUGAUGUCUGCUGGAUUGAGGAGUCCAAACUGUUCAUUGACAACUCUCAGUCUGUCAGGCUGUCUGAUCACAGAGGAAGGCUGUACUUCUCUGGCCUCAGCUCUGAGCUCCAACCCCUCCCAUCUGAGAGAGCUGGACCUGAGCUACAAUCAUCCAGGUGGGUUCGGCAUGGAGCUCCUUUCAGCUGGACUGAAGGAUCCAAAUUGGAAACUGGACACUCUCAGGGUGGAGCCUGCUGGAGUCCGAUGGUUGACACCAGGUCUGAGGAAGUAUUCCUGUCAACUCACAAUCGACACGAUCACAGUACACACAAACCUCCAACUGUCUGAAAACAACAGGAAGGUGACACAUGUGAAGGAGGUUCAGUCAUAUCCUGAUCAUCCAGAAAGAUUUGAUGUUAAGCCUCAGCUGCUGUGUAGAAAUGGUCUGACUGGUCGCUGUUACUGGGAAGUUGAGUGGAGAGGAAAGGUUGAUAUAUCAGUGAGUUACAGAAGAAUCAGAAGGAAAGGAGGGAGAUAUGAGUGUGUGUUUGGACGGAAUGAUCAUUCUUGGAAUCUGAUCUGUGCUGAUGAUGGUCCUGAUUUUGUCAGGCACAAUUACAUAGAAACACUCUUCCCCGCCUCCUCCUCCUCCUCCUCCUCCUCCUCCUCCUCCUCUGUCUCUAACAGAGCAGCAGUGUAUGUGGACUGUCCUGCUGGCACUCUGUCCUUCUACAGAGUCUCCUCUGACUCUCUGAUCCACCUCCACACCUUCAACACCACAUUCACUGAAACUCUUUAUCCUGGAUUUUAUGUUAAUCCUGUUUCCCAGCAUGCCUCGGCUGUGGAGCUGUAUGAGGGAGAGCUGUUUGUCCUGCUGCCCUGUGAGUUUCCCACUUUUGAACUGGACAGCCCCACAGUGGGGUGGAGUCGCUCCACCCUCAGUCCUCCAACCGUCCACCAGCUUCAAGGAGACGAACUGAAAGAUCCAAAGCAGCGUUACAGCGGCCGAACAUCCAUGAAGACUGACGCUCUGGAAACUGGAGACCUCAGCCUGAACCUGACCAACCUCCACCUGUCUGACAGCGCCACCUACACCUGCUCCGUCACAUCAUUUAGACUGAGAGAUGUCCCACUGCAGGUCAAAGAGUGUCAGGUGGAGGAGGGGGCGGAGUCUGUCCGGCUGCCUGAGGACACUCGGGUGGAGUGGUGGCACCGUCCUGAGAAGCCUGACAAACAGGAGCAGCAUCACAGAGUGAAAGAAAGACGAGCGUGUGAAAAGCGGACAGUUCAGCCUGACCCUUAA